AGUUGUUGCAAAGCGCCGGCUUUUUCUUCAACGGUCAAUUGGUUUUACACAGAUUGUCUACUGUAUAACGUUCAUUCUGAAUCAAUAAUGAGGCAGACCGCCCUGUUCUUGAGCACUUUGUGUUUGUUGAUUGCUUCAUCUACAAGUGAGGAAUCGGCUGCCAAUGAAGUGGACGAGCGUGGCUACAUCUUGUUCUGUCCCUGUAUGGGUCGAUUUGGAAACCAAAUGGACUACUUCUUGGGCACCCUUAGUUUCGCUAAGGAGCUCAACAGGACACUAGUGCUGGCACCGUGGGUGGAAUAUCACAUGCGUCAGCCGAAGUCGAUUCAGGUACCGUUCGACGAGUAUUUUCGAGUGGACAAAGUAGCGAAGUACCAUCCUGCAAUUACCAUGGAAACAUUUAUGAGUGAAAUAGCCCCGAAGAUAUGGCCGCCUUCAAAGAGAAUUUCGUUCUGCUACCAGCAGCGGCAGGCGUACGGUGAGCCGCCGACCGACCCGUGCGCCGCCAAGAACGGCAACCCGCCCGGCCCCUUCUGGGACACCUACGGCAUCGACUUUGUCUCCUCGGAGCUGCACAGCCCGCUGUCGUACGACCUGUGGAACGUGGCCGGCGAGGCGGAGCGCUGGCGGCGCCGCUACCCGCCGCACCGCUGGCCCGUGCUGGCGUUCGCCGGCUCGCCGGCCUCCUACCCGGUGCUGGAGGUGAACGCCGGCCUGCAGCGCCACUUCCAGUGGUCGGAGGCGGUCCGCGAGCGCGCCCGCCAGCUGAGGCGCCGCCUGCUGCCGGCCGCGCCGUUCGUUGGCGUCCACCUCCGACUCGGCUCCGACUGGGAGCGCGCCUGCGCCCACACGCGCCAGGCCACGGGCAACAUGUUCUCGUCGGCGCAGUGUCUGGGCUACCGUCAGCAGCACGGUCGGCUGACGGAGCGACUCUGCUACCCGGACUGGCCGACCGUGGCGCGCCAGAUGCGCCGCGCCGCCCGCCACACGCGCGCGCCCGCCGUCUACGUGGCCACGGACGCGCCCGAGCGGCUGGACCGUCUGCGCCGCGAGCUGCGCGGCCACGAGCAGGAGUUCGAGCUGGUCACGUGGCAGCCGGCCGAGCCGGGCCGGCCGGCGGACGCGCACGCCGAGCUGGCGCUGUUGGCGCGCGCCAACCUCUUCAUCGGCAACUGCGUCUCCUCGUUCUCGGCAGUGGUGUUCCGCGAGCGGGACGCGCUCGGGCUGCCGUCCGCCUUCUGGGCGUUCCCAGAGGACUCGGACUCGGAGUCGGAGUCGGACCGGGACGCCGACCCGGCUCGGCGCGGCAGGGACGAGCUGUAGUCAGCCCGGCCCGGCCCGGCUCGUGGGGACAGAUAUCUCGCUGUGACGGGCGCCGCCGCACUGCUGGCGGCAGUACCCCCGGGGACGUGUGUGUGCUCAGAUCGGCCUGCCGCUCAGCCCGGGUCUCCGCGGAGACUGGCGGUGGCGGCAGUACCUCUGGGGACGUGUGUGUGCUCAGAUCGGCCUGCCGCUCAGCCCGGGUCUCCGCGGAGACUGGCGGUGGCGCGGUCCCGUAUGCCGGUCAUUGGGCGGGAGUGUUGGUCGCGGCCGGCCGUGCGCGGUGGCGGGGGGGGGGGGGGGUGGCUCGGCCGCGCGGUGAUCUCAGUGACGACAGAGCAGCGAUCAAAUGGCACCCAUUGGGUGUGUACUGUGUCCGGUGACAUUCACCGCAACCGGCUCGAGUAGUGCUUUGAGUACUUACGAAUGAGCCGUUCAUGCAUUGAUGCAUUCAUUCCCGUUUUCUAUUUUCGCUUUUGCAGCGAUCAUCCAACCAUCAAUAAAGUUUACUUUGGAAUA